AUGUCCGACAACCCCUCGUUUGUCCUCCGCAAGAUCGAGGAGGUCGUUUUUGAGGACAGGCCUGUCCCUGAACCUCAGAACGACGAAGUUAUCGUUGCUGUAAAGAAGACGGGCAUCUGCGGUUCCGAUGUCCACUACCUCGUUCACGGCCGCAUCGGCGACUUCGUCGUCGAGAACCCGAUGGUCCUCGGCCACGAAUCUGCAGGCAUUAUCCACAAAGUCGGUCCCAAGGCCAGGAACCUCAAAGUCGGUGACCGUGUCGCGAUGGAGCCCGGCGCGACCUGCCGCACCUGCGACGACUGCAAACGCGGUCGGUACGAGCUCUGCCCCGACAUGGUCUUCGCCGCGACACCCCCGUACGACGGCACCCUCGCGCGCUACUACACCAUCCCUGCCGACCUUUGCUACAAGCUCCCGGCGAACCUCACGCUCGAGGACGGCGCGAUGAUGGAGCCGCUGUCCGUCGGUGUGCACUCGGUCGCGAACAUCUCCCAGCUCCGCGCGAACCAGUCCGUCGUCGUCUUCGGCGCCGGCCCCGUCGGCCUGCUCUGCAUGGCCGUUGCGCGCGCGCUCGGCGCCUCACGCGUCAUCGCGGUCGACAUCGUCCCCUCGCGCCUCGAGUUCGCGAAGAACUACGCCGCGACGGACGCGUACCUGCCCCCGAAGAUGAACGAGGGCGAGACCCGCCAGGCGUACUCGGAGCGCAAUGCCACCGCGAUGCGUGAGCAGCUCGGCAUCGAGGAGCGCGGCCCCAACGGCAUCGACCUCAUCGUCGAGGCCAGCGGCGCCGAGGUCUCCAUCCAGACCGGCAUCCUCAUCGUGAAGCAGGGCGGCUCGUACGUCCAGGUCGGCAUGGGCGCCGCGAACGUGAACAUCCCGAUCACCACUCUUCUUACGAAGGAGGUCAACUUCAGGGGGUCUUUCCGCUACGGACCCGGCGACUACCAGCUCGCGAUCGCGCUCGUCGCGCAGGGCAAGAUCGACCUCAAGCCGCUCGUCACGCACCGCUUCCCGUUCGACAAGGCCGCCGAGGCCUUCCAGACCACGCGCGACGGCAAGAGCCCGGACGGCAAGACGGUCAUCAAGGCCGUCAUCUCUGGGCCCGACGUCUCCCCCGACGACCUCAUGUAG